AUGUCAGCCGACCCCUUUCAGGUCCGCCUGCACUUUGUCUCAACACUCCACCGAGUCAACGCAUCUCUCCCAACCAUUCAAAAAGCCCUCUCAACCAUCGUCGAAUAUGGUCCCUCCAUGCACUCCGAAUUAUGGGAAUGCAUCAUGGACGAAUGCAAGUCCGGUUCCAUCAAUCGCCGCAUCAACCUUCUCUUCCUCAUAGAUAGCAUAUUUACCGACGAGACACUCUCCCCCACCAUCCGGUCACUCUUUCGUCGUCAUCUUGAACGGGAUCUAUACGCAUUGUUCGAUCUAGCAAUACCAGAGGGGAGAUGGGAUGCCUUGUUGAAUGUGCCAGCGGUGGAAAAGAUCCUUGCUGCUUGGAAAGCUAGACUUGUUCUGGAUAGGAGUACGUUUGAGGAUUUGGAAACGAUGUUGGAGGUGAGGAAAGCGAGCUUGUAUGCCUUGUCCCCAGAAAGGAGGAAUCUUACACUGCUUCCGCCGAACGACAUGCAACGGAGGAUAGAGGAAGAUCGAGAACGACACAAGCGUCUCCGAGAAAGAUCUUGGAUCCUGCCCCCGACAGCUUUCACCCAUCAAUCUUUGUUCGGGACCCGUCCAGAGCAGUUAGAUUCAACACAUUUGACCAGGGUACAACGACCAUCAAAUAAGGUGGAGGAAAAAGACGCGGACGGUGAUGGGGUUUGGAACACACAAGAUCUGGAUUUCAAUCAGAUGUGGGAAGAGACUAGUGACUUCAACGAUGAUGAUGUAGAAGAUAUCUUAGAGGAUGAGAAGUUGAGUUGGGUUCAUCAGCCUCCUCCACCACCACCAGCGCUGGUGCAAGCGCAGCAGGUGGCACCGGUCCAAACGCCGAUAGCACAGCCAGCAGGUGCCCCGCCUUUUGGCAAUGUUCAACCACCAAGAGCACCUGCUUCGAUGAGGCUUGCACAGCGCUCCUCAUGA